AUGCCCAGAGUCAAAUGGAUCGAUGGCCUACGAGGGGUGGCAGCGGCUAUAGUUGCUUCUGGUCAUUAUUUCAAUGGCGACUUUUCCACGCCUUUUCGCACAUAUUGGACAGAACCGCUCAAAGAUAACCAACGACUCUAUCAACUUCCUCCGAUAAACUUGCUUUGGUCCAUGAACGUCAUGGUUCCAUUGUUCUAUGUGAUAUCCGGAUACUCAAUGGCAAGUGGUCUGCUAGAGCUUAGAGACAAGCAGUCCGAACAGUUCGUCGAUCGCCUGCGAUCCUCGGCUGUCCGCCGCUUCGUCCGUCUCAUGCUACCUCUGAUAGGACUGGCCGUUUUCUGUCAGAUCAUCUAUUUCUGCGAUCUUUUUAUUCGAUCUCUACCAGAAGGUUCUGCGCCUGGUCUCCAGCCUUGGACUUCACCGUGGAGUCAUUUGAAAUAUCUUUGCAGAUAUGUGUCGGAUAAUUUGCAACUCUUUCAGUUCCAGUACAAUCAUGGACUAAGCCAGCAACUUUGGACAAUCCCACUUGAUCUACGUGGAUCAUUCACUGUCUAUCUUUUGAUCAUUCUGCAGGCCACAUGGAAACCCCACGCGAGACUAUGGUUUCUGGCCCUCUUACAGGCGCACACUCUCUGGUAUGGAAUCUGGGACGCAUUCAGCAUCCUGGCCGGCCUUACCUUUGCCCAGAUCAGCGCCCUCGACAAACGCACAGGAUACCAGCCCCGAAUUCUCCGCGGGAUCGUCAGCUAUACCCUGCGCUUCGCCCUGGCGGCGUACGUGGGUUCGCUCAACAGCAACGACAAUGGGUAUCCUCCUGACUUCCGCGUUUUGGAACUCGCACAACCACGGCUGUGGUCACGCUAUGGCUGGACAAAUGCGAGACAUUGUUGGCAUUCUCUUGGUGCGGUCUUGCUGUUCUCGGUCCUUAUGCAAAGUCCUAGGCUUCAAUGGAUUUUCACCCUGCGACCCUUCCAGUAUCUCGGACGAUACUCUUUUUCGAUAUAUCUUGUACAUGUACCGAUUUAUCAGAUUAUCCGUUGCCCUCUCCGGGAUUGUAUCUGGCGUCUCCAGGAACAUCGAGAAUGGCCUGGAUCUUGGGAGGCUCAUCAAAGUUGGUAUUCGUUUACGUUGAGCUGGAUUGCUUCUGGGAUACUUUCCUAUGCUGCGGUGCUUCUAGCGGCUUGGUCAUAUGCACGUUAUGUGAAUCCGCAUGUUGAGCGAAUGUCUAGGGAUGUAGAUACUUACCUGAAUCAGCCGAAUACUGAUUCUGGGGCUGUGGAAAAGAAAGGUCUAUAG